AUGCAGCAUCCGUCCUGGAGACGAUUCCUUCGUCAUGGCGGCCUGAUACACCACCCCUUUGUGAAUCUUUGUCGCUUCGCUGUCCGACCGGCUUCGACGGGGUUCACUGAUCCCGCCUGGUGGCUGAAGGGCCAGCCUCGGAAGGUCUUUGGAAGCAGGGCUGAGGUGGAGCUCCUGUCCCAGCUGGCAGUUCUGCUCAUGCCCGGUGAGCCCAUUACCAAGGCUUUCCGUGAUUUUCCGGUAAAGAAAUGCAAAGAGUGGGGUUCCAACAGCCUUCGCCCAGACUUUACAGCGCACGGUGUGCUGAGAGCACAUGGUGCAGCUUUGUUCAUCGAGUACGAUGGCCAUUAUCGCCACCUGGAGCCAGCUGGGUUGGCUAAGGACACGCGCAAGACCGAUGCCCUGCUGCGAUUCGCUCCUACAGGGUCAGUGGUGGUUCGAAUCGUGCACAAGGAGCGACAGUGGAAAGAUAGGUUUGUGCAAGUACUGGUCAAUUCCUGGCAGGCAGGCCAUGCACCCUCCCUCCGCAAGACUCUGCAGCAAGUUCUGGAUUCUUUGCUGCUUUGCUGUCGCGAUCAACUGGUGCCUGGGCUCGCUUCGCGACUAGAGGCAUGUGCUCAAAUACAACUUGACAAAUCCGCAAGAGCCUUUGCAGUGGACGCAGCGUUGGUUGGCAAAUCUGACAACAGCGGGCCAGACGUUCGACAGUUUCUCCAGAAGGAUAUACACCUCUCCACAGCCCAGGUUGCCAAGGCGAUUGACAGGUAUCCUCGGUUGCUGAGCUUCAGCAUUGAGGCAAAUCUGAAGCCAACAGUCGAGUGGAUCAAGGCGUUGGGCCUGAGCCAGUCGCAAGUUGCCAAGGUGAUCGCAACGUUUCCGCAAGUGCUUGGAUUGGGCAUUGAGGCAAAUCUGAAGCCAACAGUCGAGUGUAUCAAAGGGUUCGGCCUGAGCCAGUCGCAGGUUGCCAAGGUGAUUCUGGGACGUCCGCAAGUACUUGGCUAUAGCAUUGAGUCAAAUCUGAAGCCAACAGUCGAGUGGAUCAAGGGGUUGGGCCUGAGCCUGUCGCAAGUUGCCAAGGUGAUCGCAACGUUUCCGCAAGUGCUUGGAUUGAGCAUUGAGGCAAAUCUGAAGCCAACAGUCGAGUGUAUCAAGGGGUUUGGCCUGAGCCAGUCGCAGGUUGCCAAGGUGAUAGCAGCUUGUCCUCAAGUACUUGGCUAUAGCAUUGAGGCAAAUCUGAAGCCAACAGUCGAGUGGGUCAGGGGGUUGGGCCUCAGCCAGCCACAGGUUGCCGAAAUGAUCGCAGCGUUUCCGCAAGUGCUUGGCUACAGCAUUGAUUCAAACUUGAGCUCGAAGUAUGUGUUAUUACAAAAGUUCUUCACUGGCGAAGCUGCAGCACAGCUGCUGGCACGAGCACCUCGGCUCUGGAGCUACCGGUACACUCGGCUUGAACAUCGUCUGCAUGUGCUACAGUCUCAAGGUCAGCUUUCCAAGCUUGCCGGCGCCAUGACUUUGGGGCCGGACGACUUCAAUCGCAGAUUCGCAAUUUCACGUGGCAACUGGACGUUAGCCUUGGCUCUGCUGCAGCACAUGCAGGAGGCAUCAACCGCCAACGAAAUCGCUUUCAGCACAGCCAUCAAUGCGUGUACGAAGGGCGCAGCCUGGGAACCAGCUGUCGCGCUGCUGGGCGAGAUGGAUGCAAAGGACAUCCGGAGGGACAAUGUGGCCUUCAAUGCGACGAUCACCGCCUGUGAGAAGGGCGGCCGAUGGGAGAGUGCAGUGGCGGUGGCAGAGGAGAUGGCAUCAGCGAAGCUGCCGAAGGAUGUUGUCACCUACAGCGCGCUGAUCACCGCCUUAGAGAAGGGGGACCAAUGGGCGGACUCAUUGGCCUUGCUACAGCGGAUGAAGCUGGAAAGGGUCCAUCCGAAUGUGAUCAGCUUCAGUGCUGCCGCCAGCGCAGCGGCAAGGGGCUCGCAGUGGGCCUCCGCGCUGGACCUGCUCGAAGAGAUGCGGACGAAGGCCGUCGAGUUUGGAGCGGUGUCCUACAACACCGCCUUGGCCGCUUGCGGGGCCGCAUCGCAGUGGGAGGAGAUGCUGAACCUGCUGAAGGAAAUGCUCCACGGUGCUGUGGAGCCUGAUGAUUUCGCUUCCUCCGUGCUCCUGGCGGAGGCAGUGUUUUCUGGGAUUGCGAAUUUGCGUGCAAGGUUCAGGGUGUUAGUUUUUCGGAUGUAG